AUGAUUUUCAACAUUCCACAGGUAAAUUAUUUCUCCUCUACUUUUUUGAUAGAAUGCUCAUUCAGCAGUUUCACGAAUGGUGACUUUGAGUUGGGUAAUUCUUUUGGUUGGACAAUUGGCGGUGGUUAUCGGGGGAGUAUUAAUUCGUCACAGUUACAAAUAGGUGAUAUUUUGCCAGGUGGUUCCAAAUAUGAUUCAAACAUUGCAAAUAGUCAUUCAAGUAUUGUUACUAGUGGAAAUGAUCCAUCGCUUGGAGCGCUGAUGCCAAAUAUUGUAUUUCAGGGCAGUUACUCGUGGCGUAUUGAAGAUGUAACUGUUAACUCAUAUAUGUCAGCUCUCAGCCAGCGCAUUAAUCAAUACUAUUGUACUGAUAUCUACUUUGCAUGGUUAGCUGUAUUGGAAAACGGUGGACAUACUGCCGAACAAUCUAGUCUCCUAGUGAUUGAACUGAAAGAUGCGACCAUUGGUGAUACACUACUCUUGCGCCAAUACAAUGCACAAGCUGGCAACGGGGGAGUUGAUUCUCGUUUUAACGUAUCGGAUAGCCUUUUUUACACACCAUCGUGGCAAAUCGAGCACUUGAACAUUAGUAGCACUCGCAUUGGUCACGAUUUCGUUCUUAAUAUUAUGGCAGCAGACUGCAACCAAGGUGGUCACAGGGGUUACGCCUACAUUGACAGUUUUGGUGGUGUUGCUCCGUAA